UCGUCGUCGUCGUUGCGUGCACCUCCGCGUUCCCUCCGGUACCGAUCGCCGCGAGAGACUUGGUACCGCUGUGGCUCGACGGUUCUUAUCUGCGCGGCGAAUACCCAACGACGUCGUGCUCCUCGCCGCGUGCAUUUUUCGCGCCUUACGUGACGCUCACACGUACGCCGAUCACGAAUGCAGCGAGGUGUCCGGUGCUGACGGUCGAGCUAACGUGUUUCCGGCGUGUCCUCAUCCGCGUCUCUCCGGGCUUUCCGCUCGCGGAAACACCGAGCGCGAUAACGUUCCGUCAACAGACUCGCUCCGCGAUCUCACGCGCGUCAAGUUUCGGAGUUCGAACGCGUUAUCGCGAAACGUAAUGCUCGAUAGUGGUAUUUAUCAGUCGUAGAUUCGGCGCUCGCGUUGCCGCACCGCCGCCGCUCGAUCAUACGUGACGUCUCUGACGUGAGCCAACGUACUCUUCUCUCUCCGCCGUUUCGAACGCGCACGACGUAACGGCGCAUCGUUGCAUUUUUCCUUUUUUUUUUCCCUCGGCGAGACAGAGUCCUCGAUCCUCGCCCGAGCGGUAGCGACGGUAGUUCCUGCCGGUCACGUUGCGGUCCACGAGGGGGUCCCGGGAGUGCUGCCGGUUCUGUUAGCCGAGACGCGUUAGGCGCUUCCAUUAGCUGGCCAUAAUUAAUAUGCGCUAGCGCGAGAGGCAGCGCCGAGGUGCCUUCGGUGACGAUUGUGAAAGAGAGAAAGGAACAUCUGGCGCGGAGGUGCUAAACUCCGCGGGCCUCGUCCACGCGCCAACGCCACGGACUCCGUCGAGAAGAGACACCCGGACGCGCGUAGACCUCGCUCUUUCCGAUGAAUGCCCCUCCGAGUUUAGACGAGGACAGCAGCAACGUGAGCGUAAUUAGUUCGGCGCUGUAAGACCGAGGAAGAUUAAAGUCGAGAAAGCCGUCGCGAGAAACCGUCAGGCUCCUCGAUGAGCUUGAAUGGCGACGAUGGGAGUUAUCGUAUAUAUUCCAAGUAGGCAUGUACACCAUGCGCAUGUUGGACAAUGGUAGCAACAAUGCGUCCGGGCCGACCGGUGCGGCGGCCUUACCGAGUGUCCAAACAACUGGCGGCACAACUUCGACGGCUACGGGUGUUACGACUCUACCUGGUGUAGCCGACGAAAGGAUGGACGCUUCGAGCGACAGUGCUGUCAGUAGUAUGGGCAGCGAACGCGUACCGUCUCUGUCGGACGGCGAAUGGAUGGAAACUGGAUCCAAUUCCAGCCAUACUCAGGCCGACUCCCAUUACACCAUGGAUUACGCGAGCAAAUAUCGCAUGCCAUACGACUGCAACUACACAGUGUCCGCGAGAAAUGCCGGUUCGCCGAGAUGCCAAACAGAACGAGCGGUACCACCAGUCGCACAGAAGAAACAUCAAAUGUUCGCCAAGCGAUAUUUCCAGGAGCAAGGCACUUGUUCACCUUUGGGGGCCACCGCACAUCCGACCACUCCGAUGAAAUACGACUAUGAUACUCAUACAGUUGGCGCGGGUGCACCGGGAAAUACAUAUUCUGGACCAAUCGAGGGUGCGGCCGGGCCGCAGCCAGAAAUUAAAUAUAGCUGUAGCGUGGACUUCAGUCGUCAUCAAUCGGGACGAUCUGUCAUAGAACAUGUUCAUCACAAUCACACCUAUCAUUUGCCUGCCGAGAGCUCAGGAUCUCUUCAACGUCCCAUUUCCCGCGACAAGAAAGUUCGCAAAAGCGAAGCGGAGGAACAUCUAACGAGAGAUGAGAAGAGAGCAAGAGCAUUGAGUGUACCGAUUGCAGUCAGCGACAUCAUCAAUCUCCCCAUGGACGAGUUUAACGAACGUCUCAGUAAAUAUGAUCUCAGCGAAGCCCAACUGUCUUUAAUACGCGACAUUAGGAGACGGGGCAAAAACAAAGUUGCCGCACAGAAUUGCCGCAAACGCAAAUUGGAUCAAAUCAUAAGUCUGGCUGACGAAGUGAAGGAGAUGCGAGAUCGUAAGAUAAGACUCAUCCGCGAGCGCGAGUUCAUGCUCAUCGAGCGACAACGGGUGAAAGAUAAAUUUAGCCAACUUUACCGUCAUGUUUUUCAGUCCUUACGGGAUCCUGAUGGUAAUCAAUAUCAUCCGUACGAGUACAGUCUACAACAAUCUGCAGACGGGAACGUCUUAUUAGUUCCCAGAAAUCAGACGAAUCCGCAUCAGUCGCGACAGUCUUCGAUGGAGCCGAAGACCAAACCCGAUCCUGAGCAUAAAGAAUGAACUGCUCCAGGAUCGUACGCGAUGUGAUUGAUUAUUGAAAAACCUUUGUUUUUCUUAGACAGCGCGUCCAAAAGCGUAAUGGAAACGAACACGGUGCUGGGCAGCGAAUAUCGUACGCGUUAUUAGAUUUAUUGCGUAACAAUUCGAAAGAGUAGACUCCAAUGGUUUUAGACUUGAUAUACCUCGCACUGUGUCCAAACAACGAAAUUUGUCAAGGCCAGCUUAAAUCACGACUACGUGAUUUUUGGCAAAUGACUUUGUAACACAUUUAGAGAGUUUAGUAGGAAGAAAGAUGGGAUUUAAUGAUCCUAAUGGUGAUUUUUGUGUGCAUGGGUGAUGCUACAGUUUUCAGUUACUUUGACUACCCGUGUUAAUACAUUUUCACCUUAAAAAAUCAUAACUUAUCGCAUUUUCUUUUCAUUUUCAUAAUCAAAGAUUUUUAUAUUACAGAAAAGAGAGCAUCGGGUAUCGUUGUAUUUGUUUGUACAUAAUAAUAUAUCUGUUGUCACUGUCUUUAAUAAGACCAAUAAUUAAUAGUAAAAUAAACCGAAAGCUUCAUAAUUUUCCUAUGCUUUAUUUAAGCUACGUCGAUAGAUGAUCUUAAAACACGUUUCAAGAGUUUAUACUGGCCUUAUAGCGACAUAUAAUAUUACUUGUGAAAAAAUAAUGGAAUGUGUUAUAGUAUGCGAGUUUCUCUGUGAUUGCCUAAACAAAUCACGAUGUCUAUAGCGUUAAAAAAAAUUACAACUAUUAAUAUACGUAAAUAGUAAGAAAACGUAGUAAGAUGGUUAUCAUAUUAUGGAAUCACGCACGAGAACUGUUGUGUCACCAUAAUUAAAACGACUCUAAAUUAACAUCUUAUUCCAAUUACUAUUCUUCCUGCUUUAAGCGUAAAAUAUGCUUGUUAACUUCUUAAUCUACGUAAACGUGUAACUCACACACGUGCAGUGAUAUAUUAUACAUUCAAAAAGCUCUUUUUUUAUAUUCACGAAGCGGACUUUAUCACGUUUCGACAUAAUUGCUUCUAUGAAAUGUAUCUAUGAUUAUGAUAUAUGUAAAUUGAAUCAUAUAUAUAUAUAAAUAGAAAUAAAUAUAUAUAUAUAUAAUUUAUACAUUGAAUUAUAUUUCAUAGAUCAAGAAAUACAACAAUUGUGUUGAACGUAUCCAGUGAUUUUUACCUAUCCAGUUGAUUAAAUGAUUAUUGUUAGUAAUAUACUUGAUUACCAAAAUUAUGAUACAUUCAUUCAUAAACAGUCGCGAGCAAAACGCUACGACAUUGAGUACAUCGUCUGCGUGUAACAAUGGUAGUAAAGUGAAUGUUAAUCACGCGCGUAUGUACUAUUAAAUAAAUUUUGUUGUGUUAUAAACUUAGAGUAUACGUAUGAUUUGAAGCGCUUGCAAUUCCAGAAGCGAUAGUGUCGUGAAUAUAUAAUGCAAAAUUGUAAUUAAUGUAAUGCAAAAUUGCAUUUAAUUGCGGACAAAAGUAGAGAGCGAAGCGAUAAAAGGCAAAUGAUUGAGGCAUUGAUGGGAUACAGCAAAUUUGCAGUAACUAAUCUCCGAACCAUUUUGUGUUCCAUAGAGAAAGCAGCUUAAACAGAUACUUUAAAUUUCACUACAUUCAGGUAGGCCGCAAACAAAACACAUUGUAAUGUGUAUUACAAGUAAUAUAGUAAAUAAUACAAGUGUAUGAAUAUACACUUACUGCGACGUACUGUAAUGCUACAAUAUAUUAAGAAUAGCAUUCAUUGAAA